UCCAGCGCAUUUUAGCAAUGGCCACUUUACGUCGACUCUACAGCUGAACUAGCUCAGAUGCGCAUUUUCCACACACUCACAACCUCUUCUUCCCCAUAAAAAAAUGCGCUUGGUUUCUCUAUAUAAACAAAGACUAUGAUAUUUCUCUGAAAAAUCCGAUCCUAUUUUCGAAAUUUGAUCAUUUGAUUUUUUAAUUGAAUUAUGAAUUAUUAUUUUUUUAGCCUUCGGUGUUUGAUUUUUGAAAGCUUGACUCUUAAGGCAUCUCAGGAUGAUGAGUGAAUUAUUUGAGGUGUUCCAGGUUGAAGACAUCACUUAAUUUUAUCUGUAUUUGUGGAGAGCGCUGUAUAAAUUGGGGAAAUAAUCGAGGAACUUUGCUCUUUGCAUAACUAUGUUUGGAAAUAAAUUAGCGAUUGGGCAUUGACACUGAGUAGUACGGUGGUUUCUUGGUCGUGGAUCCUGAUGGACGAUACUCAGGAGGAUGCUAGGUACCCGCCAAACCCUUAUGGCAUAAGUAACCAAGAGUUUCCAGUUCACAAUGCCAAUUAUACUCGGAGUAUUGGCAAUGAGUAUGUUGAGGACAACGAUAAUGAUGUCAAUGACGAAGAUUUGGAAUAUGAAGACGAUGAUGAGGAUGAUGGUGGAGGGAGUAGUGUUCAGAGGAUCGGUAAAGAUGAUUAUGUUGAUGAGGAUGAGGACGAGGACGAGGAUGAGGAUGAGGAUGAUGAUGAUUAUGGUAAUUUACAGAGGCACCCGAAAAAGAGAAAACUGAAAAGCUUGUUGUCAAGUUACGAGUUUGCACCUCGAGUACCACCACCAUCAUCUGCGACUCCUGCAGUGCCUAAGCCAUCAUAUGGUGGACGGAAUCCGCAUACAGAUUGGACUGAGAGCGAGACUGUUAUCUUACUGGAUGCUUGGGGUGAUAGGUUUCUCAAACAUGGGAGGAAGAGCCUUCGGUCUGAAGAGUGGCAACAAGUUUCUAAAAAGGUUUCCCAGGAGUCAAAAUUUGAGAGAACAGAUACUCAGUGUCGGAACCGUUUGGAUACGUUGAAGAAAAAAUACAAAAAAGAGAAGAUGAAGCUCAGAGAAUCUGAGGGUUCCACAAGUAAAUGGGUGUAUUUCGAGAAGAUGGAUAUGUUGCUGUCGUCAGGCCCACAGCAAGCAGGCCUAUCAUGUGGAGUGGACUCAGGGGAGAAUAUGUUCAUGAACCCUAAAGUUUAUUUGAAGAGUUCAAAUGGAAUGGAUGAGAUGAGAGAUAGUCCGGGGAAUUCAGAAUCCUCCAAAGGUGAGGAAGGUGAAUCGGAAGGUCUUCCUCCUAAGAAAACAAGGAAUGAAAUGGGAAAUGGAGCUUCUCUCAAGCUGCUUGCUGAUUGCAUCCAGAAAUUUAGCAACAUAUAUGAGAAGACCGAGAACAGUAAGAGACAACAAAUGCUAGAACUGGAAAAAAUGAGGAUGGAUUUCCAUAGAGAUUUGGAAUUGCAGAAGAGGCAGAUUCUAGAGAGAGCUCAAGCUGAGAUUGUGAAGAUACGACAAGGUAAUGAAGAUAACGACGUGUCUGCUGAGAAUGUCAGCGGUUAAUGUAUCUUGUCGUCAUUGUAUUAUAUCAAGGGCGUUAUCCCAGGAUAUAGUGAUGUAUGUGGAUUAUUGAAUGCUGGCAGUUGUUGUACUAUGUCCAGGGUGUUAGUACCUUUUGGUUCUUGAUCUGCUAGGCAAUAAUACUGAUUUGAUAACAUUUGUUAGCGUCAUAGUAAUUAAAGUUUUCUAAGUUCAUUCUUGUUUAAAUUGAUGUCAUGUGUAAUUGUUAUUCUUGUAGCAGGAUUUCUUGUUUGGUGAA